AUGUGGGUGUUCACAGGGCCACCGUCAUCCGCGCUGGCCGCCCUAGCGCUGGCGCUGUUCCUGCUCAACUCGAGCGUCGCCAUGCGCCGCGCUCUAGGCCGCGGCGACGCCUGGGUGGCAGCGUUCGUUGCGGCCGCCACGGUGCUUGUGACCGCUCUCCUCGCCACGGUGCGCGCGCACGAGCGAGCGCGCGAGGAGAGGCGCCGGGGCCUGUUCAAGGCCGCGGCGUGGGCUCAGUCCGCGGCGCUCACGGCUAUUUUCGCGCACCGUGUCGCCGCCGCGCUCGCGCAGGCCCCAGCCAUGGCUUGCCUGGUUUGGACAAUGGCCGGCACCACGAUAGCCGGAGGGUUCUUCUGCCUCUUUCUGCAUGGUCGUCGGGAUGACACUGACGUCGUCGCUGGUGACCGCGAUGCACGACGAGCGUAG